GUUACUAGUGAAGUUUAUUUUUGAAACCUCAAGAUCGCAAUGACAACAUGGGGCCUUUUUACCACUGGGAACUCAUUACUAAGUCUUUUAAUCUCAAAUAUAUCAGUUUUUAGACUGUUAGACUUAAGCUUUAAAGAUCCCUGGUUCUUUCUUGUUUUUUUUUUUUACAUGGUGUAAGUUCUGAACUGACGUUAACAUAAUUGACUUAAAUUCAGCUUUUCAAUAAGAGAACUAUGUGAAUAAGUGUUGUUUGAUGAAAGGCACUUAACAAGUACACGAUUUGGUGAAAAUACAGUAUGCAUUUAUGCACACUAUUAGUAUGAACAUUGGCUUGCAUAGAGUUGAAUAUACAGUAUACUGUCCAUACAUAUAGUAUUUAUACAUAGGAAAACUUUAAAAAUAAAGAUCAAACGGACUAGAAGGGCCUACAGUCAGCACCCGACUCCCACACUCAUUAAAUGCACAGUCUCAGACAUAUCUCGUCUUUUAAUAGACAUGCUUGCUCUGUAAACUGCAGCUGCUUAAGUGCCUCUACCAGUGUUUGACCCUUGGAGCCCUUUAAAGGUCCAUGAUGAUAUUUUUAAACUUAAGCUGCUAUAGAUAUAUUUUAUAUUUAUAUUUGAAUGGUUUUGCAUGACAUGUACUUUAAAGAACCCCCUUUUAAAAAUGAACUAUUUAGACGUAAGCUAAAUUACAUUGACUGGAUUUCAAAGUCAUAAAAUAAAAUGUGGGAUCCUACUCAUUUAUAAUGUCUACAUUAAAAUUCACAAUUUUAUUUUACCCAAUUAAUAAUGAAAAACUACACGUUACUUUGCUCCUCCUUAAAUUAGACCCCUGACCACCAGCCUGUGCCCCUCCUUCCUUCCUCUAUACUUCUGUCUUCAGUUAGUCCACUCCACUCCAGACUUUUUUGCUCUCCCUUGCUCUGUGCACCAUUCCAUUGCUUGCUUUAAACUAACUGCUAUUAGUCAUUGUGUAGCUGCUUCUUUUCUUUUUAUCUUUUAUCGAAUUAAUUAUUGAGGCCACGAUAAAUCUGACGCCAUGGCUGACAGGAGUCGCAUACAGCGAAAAACGGACAGACAGGCGAAAGAAGCGGGUGAAAAGACCAAGGAUGGAAAGGAAGUGAAGAAUGAAGGAGAAAAUGUUCACGAUAAUGGAGAGGGACCAUCAAGUGAGCUAUUGUCUGCCAAUGAUGUAACUGCUAAUGAUGAAAAUGGAGAUCUUGAGGUUGAGCCAAUGGAACUACCUCCAUUUGAAAUCAUUGCAGGGGAUCGGAUUGAUCCUUUUGCAUUCAAGUUCCAGUUCAAGAAUGUGGAAUACUCCUCAGGCCGCAAUAAGACCUUUUUAUGCUACCUGGUGGAUAAAGGGAAUACAGCUAAUGGGCUUCUAAGAGGCUGUCUUGAGGAUGAACAUGCUGGAUCCCAUGCUGAAGAUGCCUUCUUCACACAGUGCCUGUCUGACUACGACCCUUCACUUAAAUACACGAUCACUUGGUAUAUGUCAUCUAGUCCCUGCUCUGCUUGUGCAGCAAAAAUAGCUGAUGUUUUGAAUACCAAGAAAAACAUCAAAAUGAGCAUAUUUGCUGCUCGCCUGUUUGAGUUUGAGGAACCAGAGAUCCAAGCUGGCCUAAAGUCUCUACAUAAAGCUGGAUGUAAAUUGAGGAUGAUGAAGCCUCUGGACUUUUCCUAUACUUGGGAUACAUUUGUGGAGAAUGAGGACCAACCUCUUAAUCUGUGGGAAGACUGCAAGGACAACUAUGAGUAUUAUCAUGAAAAGCUUUCUGAUAUUCUUCAGUGAGAACACUAAGCAUGCAUUGAAAGAGAAAAUGGUACUGUUUUGUUUUCACUGCUGUAGAAUUGGCCAAAUUUGUGUCGUAAUUGGGGCGUUACAGUUCAGAUGUGUGCUACUGUACUGCUUGCUUUGCAAUCUUACGACCUCAGACAAAUCACACAACCAUUGUAACCUUAUGAAUAUUUUAAUAUUAUACAUACAUCUGUUUUUUUUUUUUAACAAUUCUAUCUCUGAACUAUCUCACCCAUACCACAUCAACUCUCCAACUCUUUUAACCGUAAUAAUGACCAUUUCCGUUAAGCUUACAAUGAGAGGAAGUCUAGCAGCUUGCAAUUACAGGUUAACAAAAGCUGUGAAUAAUACUACCCUGUUGUCUGAUGUUGAAAGGCUACCUGAUCUUGUCUUAUCACUGAUAGAACUGGUUGAUGUUCUGGCCUUUCAAGAAAAACUGUCACUUAACACCAAACGAUAUAUUUUCAAGACUCCACACUGCACCACAAAAAAAUGUUGCACAUUCAGAGGUUAAAGUAGAGACUUAUUGAUUUCACUUAAACAAGAGUUUGUUGACGGGUCUUCACGGUAUUGAUGUUAUGACUUGGAGGAACCAUACCACUAUCAAAUCACUUUCUUUCUGUGUCAGUCUCUCUGCUCUCCAAGACAGCUGCUUGAGAGUCAAGGCAUUUUUACAUUACAUUUACAUUUUCAUUGUCAUAUGAUCAUGAUUAGAGUUGGGCAUCGAGAGGAACCAGGACUAACACUCCGGUUCUCCCAAAACCGUUCGAAUUUUUUUAAUUUCGAUUCCAAGUUUUGAUGUUCUGACCGUCGACCCAAAAAAAUAGCUGCCGAACACCAUGAAGAAGAAGCCACAUGAGGUGUGUGUUUGUGCAUUGCAACUUGAUUUCAACCAUGGACACUGCGGCGAUGCUCAAAAGUUUGGCUCAACUUCACAAAAACAUUUGCAGCACAGCUAUAUCAUGUAAAGGGGGCUGCACAACCAAUAUGAAUAAACACCUCCGGCCUCAUGGGAUACAAGUGCUGAGUGCCGCGCCGGUCCUCUAACCAGUCAGAACCAGGUAAGUAAAACAAUAAAUUACAUCUGUCUUCUGCUGCCCCCGCAACCCGACCCCGGAUUAAGCGGUAGAUGAUUGAUGGAUGAAAUUGGUACGAGAGCAAGUCGUAUUAUUACAUUGGGCUAAUGUAGCUAUAUAAGCAGCUACUUACUUUACGUAGCGCGUUGCCGCCUCCGUUAAAAUAAAUUUUAAAAGCAUCUUUUGUUUUAGAAUCGGUUUUACAAAUAAGAAAAUCCUCAUUAUUUUGCCUCAUCCACAUCAAAUUAUAAUCAAUAGAAUCAUUUAUACUCAUGCUUCGUCGUAGCUCUCAGCAAAGGUACAUGAAUGUAAAGUGCGUAACGGCUCACAACUACCUUACGCCUACGUAAUAUUUGCCUCUUUCUCAUAGCAAUAGUAAGAUUAAUCUCGUAGUCCUUUGUUAACAUUUAUUAAUUGGCCUUAAUACUCUGUCAUAUCAACGUGACUCUUUUUUUUUUUUUUUUUUACGAUGUCACUACUGAUGCAUGACAUUUAUUUUUAUCUACUCUGCUGUGAGCGUCAGCCAACAACUGUUAUGCGUUCAAGCUUCAUCUACACCCAGUAAAUGUGUGUUCUCCACUGCAGGAGACAUUAUCUGUCCAGAACGUUCACGCUUACUGCCUGGGAAGGCAGAUAUGAUCAUUUUCCUCAACAAAAACUUUUGAUUUUAUACUUUGCCCGCUGCUAAUCUUGACUUGUUUUUUUUUGUUUGUUUGUUUUUGAUAUUCUGCACCAGGUUAGACCAUUAGUAGCAGCUGAAUAACGUAAAAAAAUACCUGCAAUGUAGGAUACUUUCAAAGAUAGGCAAAGGAAUAUAUGUAAAUGUUUUCUCUGUGAGCUUUUGAAAAAUAAACAUCUUUGUGAAAGUGCACUCCUGUGGAAAGAAACUUCAUCAUAUUAAAGUUCAAAGACAGAUAUUUAUAUACAAGUUAAAAAUAUCCCUGUGAGAAAUUCAUAGCAAAGUUAAUUGAAAGUUCAUAUACAGUAGUUUAAAAAAUAAUCGAGAGUGUUAGAAAUUAUUAUAAACAAUGCAAUUUUUUUUACGCUGGCUAUUAAAAGAAUCGGAAUCGAGAAUGGUUUGGAGCUGGAAUCGAAACGUGGAAUCGGAACCGGAACCGUUCGAAUUCUAACAAUGUCCAACCUAGCUAGCUUAAGAUUUAACGCUGUUUGACAUUUCCAAGCAUUUGAAACACGUGUCCAGCUGUUUGUAUAUAAGAAAAAGGUAGGAUAUCCAUGCUGAUACCAAGACAAUAUUCUUUGGUGAAUGCCAUGUUGAAAAAUGUAAUAUUGGUGAAUGAGUCCUUAUCUUCAAGACAAGAAAUUAUACAAAUAGAUGAUGCAUGCGACAGCAGUUUUUUUGUGCUGUUC